AUGCUGGUCGCCGCUUCACAGAUAUUCGAUGCCCUGAUCAUAGGCGGCGGACCCGCUGGACUUUCCGCUGCCCUGGCGCUCGGUCGUGUCAAGCGUUCCGCUCUCGUCUUUGAUUCGGGCAUCUACCGCAAUUCGGGAGUAAAGGCGAUGCACACUGUGCUCGGCAACGACGGCACUAAUCCACAGGAGUUCCGUGCUAUAGGCCGCAACCAAAUCGAAUCAAAGUACAACUCUAUACAAUUCUCAAACAGUACUAUUGGCGAAGUCGCUCGUGUCAAGCUAGAUCCUGAUCAGUACGAUGGAUUCAGCGCCAAAUCAGACGGAGGCAUGACCUAUUUUGGUCGCAAGCUUAUCAUAGCCACUGGAAGUGCCGACGUCAUUCCCACAGACAUUCCCGGCUAUCGCGAGAAUUGGCCGUCCCACAUAUAUCAAUGCCUCUACUGCGAUGGCUUCGAGCAACAAGACAAGCCUAUUGGCAUUCUGAGCUUUUCGUCACCCGCCUAUCUCGGGCUCGCGCUCAUGGCUCUCAAGUUCAAUCCCUCAGUUACUAUAUACAGUAAUGGCCCACCCAACCCUUCGAGAGAUACAGCAUUGCAGAAAGCGUUUGAUACAGCACUGGCGGCGGGCGUAAAACUCGACACUCGUCGUGUGCAAAAAUUAAUUAAUGAUGGCGAGCAGGGCAUCAGUGUAGCAUUCGAAAAAGGUGACAAUGCGCAGCUGGGUAUGCUUUUAGAUAAACCUGCCACUCGUGCAGCUGGCCAGAAGUUUAUCGAUCAAUUGGGCCUUGAGAUGGCAGCUCCAACUGGAGAAGUGAAGGUUGAUCCACUGUUCUCUGAGGCUAGUGUGCCAGGAGUCUUUGUCCCAGGUGAUGCGGGGCAACUGCUGAAACAAGUGGCUGUCUCUAUGGGAACGGGUGUUAGAGCAGCAUCUGGAGUAUCUUACCAACUCUGCAAUGAAGAAGGCGCAAAGGCGUUAGCAGCUAAUGGUACAAUGAAUGGGGAGAAGAAGAAGGCCGGAAUUUGA